AUGACACGCAUGUGGUGUUCGAACAUACACUCCAUGCUGAUGUUCGAAUGGGACAGAUGAUUACUCGCAGUGACCUAAUGAUGAUUUGGAGGUGCAUCUUCCCCCGAAACUAUCUUCUGCAUACAUUUAUAGGGCAGGUACAGAAUGAUAGACCUGUGUCUGUGAUUGUGAUUGAGCACAACACAACUGAGAUUCUGAAGCUGUCAAUGACCCUUUACAAGCGCAGCACAUUUGACCCUGACUACUUCAACAUGGGUGAAAUAAACUACUUGCCAUCCAGUGACCUCUUUUUUGAGGUGAAGCUCCUUUCAACGCAAGAAACGCUUGCCAAAGACUUUAUCUUAGCAGUGGUUUCCUGCUGGGCCACAGAGACAAACAAUCCACAUGAUGAAAGAAAAGUGGUGUUUUUAAAUGAAAGUUGCCCACUGGAUGAAACAUUUCGAUGGUACUCAAUAAAUGGGAUACAGCAGUGGACCAGAUUUGCUGUACAGAUGUUUUCCAUUACCCGAAAUAAGCCCAUCUAUGUUCACUGCUGGACAGAAAUAUGCACGACUAAAAGAAAACACAAAUGUACACGGGAGUGUGUUAAACGUGAAAACAAAAGGAAAAGGGAGUCUCACAAAGGAAUGUUUCAGCAAGUAAACACCAUUCUUUCAGUGGGGCCCAUCAUUGUUCCAGAUCAAGAGCAUGCUACAGAUGAAUCCAAGACAUGGAUUUCUUUUUGGGCGCAGUAUGAAAACGUGCUGGCCUUUGUUGCAAUUGUGGCUGGUAUUCUCCUUUCAAUAAUUUUAGGCAUAAUAUUAUUGAAAGCCAUUAUACGCUCAAAAGAGAGGUGACCUGUGAGAGGUGUGCUUUAUCAAAACCACCUUUCGCUUAUAAUGGACAUUUAUAAACUUUAAUAUUUGUAAGUGUUCUCUGGGGUGACUUUUCUAAGUAAAGAAAAUAUGAAACCCCCCUACUCAAGUCUGAUCAUUUUAGAUGCUGGCUACCAUUGCUUAGUAAAAUACCAUUUAUAUUAUAUAGUGUCUUUAUAUAUUCCCAUGGUAUUAUAAUAUAACUCUUUCCAUUUAUUGCUUAAAAUGGGAGCAAAGAAACGGUCAGGGUCACACAUUGUUUAAAGUGCCCAGUGGUUUAAAGCCAGGGCCUUGUCUACAAAUCACACAUUUUUCUAAUGUAUAUUAGUACAAUAAAAAAUAAAC